UAUCUGUGGAGUUUGACACAAUAACACAGUGUUUUCUGUGGAUUACACACACACACACACAGCUGGAAAACAGUAAUAUCUAAAGAUGAUGUGCGAGGUGAUGCCCACCAUCAGUGAGUCCGAGGGGGGAGGCGGCGGCGGUCGACGGGGCUCGGGCUCCCCGCUGCAGUCGGACUCUGAGGGUCACUUUGAGUCGCUGAUGGUGUCCAUGCUGGAGGAGAGGGAUCGUCUGCUGGAGACUCUGAGAGAGACGCAGGAGAAUCUGGGCUUGACUCAGGGCAAACUGCACGAAGUCAGCCAUGAAAGGGACUCACUGCAGCGACAACUUAACACUGCUUUACCACAGGAGUUUGCUGCUUUAACAAAGGAGGUGAACGUGUGCCGGGAGCAGCUUCUGGAGAAGGAGGAGGAGAUCGCAGAGCUGAAGGCGGAGAGAAACAACACACGGCUCCUGUUGGAGCACCUGGAGUGCCUGGUGUCUCGCCACGAGCGCAGUCUGAGGAUGACGGUGGUGAAGAGACAGGCUCAGUCUCCAGCGGGAGUCUCCAGUGAAGUGGAGGUCCUCAAAGCCCUAAAGUCACUUUUUGAACACCACAAAGCCCUCGACGAGAAGGUGAGGGAGCGACUACGCGUUGCCUUGGAAAGAUGCAGCGCGUUGGAGGAGCAGCUCACCAUGUCACACAAAGAACUGGCGUACCUCAGGGAGCAGAGCGGCCAGAAGAGAGGAAUGGCGGAUGGAACCAGCGAGGUCAACCACAACUCUGAAAACACACCGAGCACUAACGGCAAGCGGUCAUCGGACGGUUCUCUGAGUCAGGAGGAGGAGUUGGGUCACGGCUUCGGGAAGGUCAGUGAGCUCCAGGAUGUGGUGGACCGUCAGACGGCCGAUCUGGGCCAGAUGAAGGAGCGCAUGGCGGCCAUGGUCUCGCGCAUCAACGAGCUGGAGGAGGACCUGGACACGGCCCGCAAGGACCUCAUCAAGUCCGAAGACAUGAACACGCGGCUACAGAGAGACCUGAGAGAGUCGAUGGCUCAGAAGGACGACAUGGAGGAGAGGAUCACCACCCUGGAGAAGCGCUACCUGGCAGCUCAGCGGGAGGCCACCUCCGUCCACGACCUCAACGACAAGCUGGAGAACGAAGUGGCCAACAAGGACUCCCUCUACAGACAGACGGAGGACAGAAGCCGGCAGCUCCAGGAGAAGCUGGAGCUGGCCGAGCAGAAGCUGCAGCAGACCAUCCGCAAGGCUGAGACUCUGCCGGAGGUGGAGGCGGAGCUGGCUCAGAGGGUGGCCGCCCUCACAAAGGCAGAGGAACGUCACGGCAACGUGGAGGAGAGGCUGAGGCAGCUGGAGGCCCAGCUGGAGGAGAAGAACCAGGAACUGCUCAGGGCACGACAGCGAGAGAAGAUGAACGAGGAGCACAACAAGCGUCUGUCUGAGACGGUCGACAAGCUCCUCUCAGAGUCCAACGAGAGACUCCAGCUUCACCUCAAAGAACGCAUGUCUGCUCUGGAGGACAAGAAUGCUCUGAUAAGAGAACUGGAGCACACCAAGAAGCUGAUUGAGGAGUCUCACCAUGAGAAGGAGCAGCUCCUGAUCCAGAUUGAGACCAUGAGGGCAGAGAACGAGCAGGGGAGGAGCAGGAGUAACUCCUUACUACACGGACGGUCUCAGAUGGGCAGCACUCCAGACUUCAGGUAUCCCGUGUCGGCUUCCUCCAUGAUGGACAGCAACUCGGACCACUACGGCAGCGCUCUUGUGCUGAGGCGGCCUCAAAAGGGGCGGAUGGCGGCGCUCCGGGACGAACCGUCCAAGGUGCAGACGUUGAAUGAGCAGGAGUGGGAGCGCAUGCAGCAGGCCAACGUGCUGGCAAACGUGGCCCAGGCCUUUGAGAGUGACAUGGACGCCUCGGACCUGGAGGAGGACCGAGAGACGAUGUUCAGCUCGGUGGACCUGCUGUCCCCUGGUGGCCAGGCGGACGCACAGACCCUCGCCUUAAUGCUGCAGGAGCAGCUGGACGCCAUCAACAAUGAAAUUAGAAUGAUCCAGGAGGAGAAGGAGAACACAGCCAUCCGGGCCGAGGAGAUCGAGUGCCGGGUGGGCAGCGGUGAAAGCCUGGGAGGACGUUUCCGCUCCAUGAGCUCCAUCCCCCCCUCACUGUGUGCCGGAUCCUCGUUGGGAGGCUCCCCCCCAGGCUCCGGACACUCCACCCCCAGACGGGUCCCCCGCAGCCCCAACAGAGAACUGGACCGCAUGGGGGUCAUGACCUUGUCUGCUCAGGACGACAAGGCCACCAUCCGAUGUGAGACGUCCCCCCCCACCACUCCUCGCUCCAUGCGCCUGAGCAGGGAGGCCGGACACACUUCCAGCCACGAGGACAUCAGAGACAUCCGAGGCCUGCAGGACGGACAGGGCAGUAACCCCAGCAGCAGCAACAGCAGCCAGGACUCCCUCAACAAAGCCGCCAAGAAGAAGAGCAUCAAGUCCUCCAUUGGACGCCUCUUUGGGAAGAAGGAGAAGGGCCGACCCGGCAUCCCCGGCAAGGACUCCCCCAGCCAAGCUGGCACUCCGGAGGCAGAGGGCUCUCCUAAGGACGGUUUAGGAAUGGGAACCCUGGGAGGCCCCGCAGAGAAGAACAGGAAGCUGCAGAAGAAUCCAAAGACGGGGCAUGAAUUGCUGGAGGAGGCUCGAAUGCAGGGCCUACCGUUCGCCCAGUGGGACGGACCGACUGUUGUGGUUUGGCUGGAGCUGUGGGUGGGCAUGCCAGCCUGGUACGUGGCCGCGUGCCGCGCCAACGUGAAGAGCGGCGCCAUAAUGUCGGCGCUGUCGGACACGGAGAUCCAGAGGGAGAUCGGCAUCAGCAACCCGCUGCAUCGUCUGAAGCUCCGCCUCGCCAUCCAGGAGAUCAUGUCGCUCACCAGCCCCUCGGCCCCGCCCACCUCCAGAACGACGACAGGAAACGUUUGGCUCACACAUGAAGAGAUGGAAAGUUUGGCAGCCACACCUCCCACGACGUUGGCGUACGGAGACAUGAACCACGAGUGGAUCGGCAACGAGUGGCUUCCCAGUCUGGGUUUACCUCAGUACCGAUCCUACUUCAUGGAGUCCCUGGUGGACGCCCGCAUGCUGGACCACCUCACCAAGAAGGACCUUAGGGGGCAGCUCAAGAUGGUGGAUAGCUUCCACAGGAACAGUUUCCAGUGUGGAGUGAUGUGUCUGAGGAGACUCAACUACGACAGGAAGGAGCUGGAGAGGAGAAGAGAGGCGUCUCAGAUGGACCUUCAAGAGGUGCUGGUGUGGAGUAAUGAGCGUGUGAUCAGCUGGAUUCAGGCCAUCGGGCUGAAAGAGUACAGCAGCAACCUUUACGAGAGCGGAGUCCACGGGGCGCUGCUCGCUCUGGACGAAACCUUCGACCACAACACCCUCGCCCUUCUGCUGCAGGUCCCCACGCAGAACACACAGGCCAGAGCGACUCUUGAGCGUGAAUACAACAGCCUGCUGGCCAUCGGCACAGAAAGGAGAAUGGAAGAGGAUGACGAUAAGAACUUCCGCCGAGCUCCCUCAUGGAGGAAGAAGUUCAGGCCCAAAGACAUGAGGGGGAUGUCCUUGGGAGCGUCCGACACCCUGCCCGCCAACUUCCGAGUGACCGGUAGCGGCUCUGAGUCUCCCUCCACGCCGCCAAAGAGGAGCCCGAUGGAAGGUAACCGCUGGUCCGAAGAUGAGGGGGAAUUCCCUGCAUACAAGACCCGGAUGAUGAACUGACAUGACACUAAAAAGAGAUGUUUUGUUUUUCUCUGUCGUCGUCACAGAGAGAAACUUUACUCACCAAUCUCAGUAUCCCUAGAGGAAACUUUUAGAUCUAUCUACAUUUGUUAUUAUAUUUAUGUAAACCAAUGGGACAUUUAAUUGAUUUUAGAAUUACUAUGUAAUCCCUUUUUUUGCCUCUAUCCUCUUUAAUCAACCCACUUUUUAAAAAAAGAAACAUUUCUCCACUGUGCCCGACGUAUUAAAAGCUCAGCUUUCAGAUGUAUGUAACUGAAUGUUUCUAUUGUCUGGAGUUUGUAUAUUUCUACCAACAGACAUUUUAUCUUAUCUUUUUUAUAAUCCUGAUUCUAUUGACCAGAUGUAUGUUUUUUUUUUUUUUUUUUUUUUUUCCUUUCUUUGAUUUGAAUUCUAAUCAUUGAAUUUAUGCUUAAGUGUCUUUAAUAUGUGAUAUAACUUAAUUCAUAUCCUUUUGCCGUUUUUAACUGUUGUCAUUUUUUGUAGCUUCUUACCUGUGGUUUUGUGUAAAAGCAGCUCUUAGGUCAAAGGAUGUGUGAAUAUCAAGACAAAUUGCUGGACUGUUUCACAAACUGCUCGACACUGUGAGUCAUCCAUCGCCGCUGAAAUAACUGCUGGCAAGACAGGUGAUGGUGGCAACAGAUAUCAUGUGAAACACACAGUAUAUAUUUUUCCUUUUUUCUCUUCGUUAUUUUCCAUAUCUGCAAAACCAAAAUGAAUUUUAAAGAAUUAAAGCCAUAUAACAGUAGCGGGAGAAUAAAAAAACCCUAAGAGGGCUUCUUUCGGAUGCAAGUGGAAGCAGAAUCAGAGGUUCUAUAGGUGACCUUGCAUGUGGUAACUUCUCCUCUUAUCCCCACCCCUCCACACACCAGCUCGCCCCCUUUAACAAAUCAAACCUCCCCUAACCUCUGGAGAGACACACACACACUCGUACAGGAGGACUUUAAACGUACGGACGUGUGAAACUCCUUCGAUGGACCAACUUCACUGAGGCCUCAGUCGAUCCGCUGCGAUCCGCCCACAUACCUUUUUGUACGAAGACUUCAUAUCGAGCCUUAUCGCUUCUUAACUCUCCUCUCUGUCGUCUUGUUCUUAUUUAUUAUCACUCGCCCACAUCGGUUUGCUCCUGUGAAUGUAGCGACCCCCCCUCACAUCUAAGUUGUUCCCCGUCUCCAAACACCGGUUCCAACAUUUGUUUUCACGGCAAAUGAGGAGGAACCGAAGACUUUUCUUUCCCAUCAAACCUGUAGUUGAAGCUUAAAGUAGAAAUGCUUUGUUUUUUCUGUUUGUGAUUUAGUCAUUUAUGCACAAUGCAAAUCAUGUUGCUGUUGUUUUAUCCCCGGCUCUCCCCUUUGAAUCUUGUAACAAUGAUGUACAGUCUUGAGUACUUAUAAACUACUUUUAUCACAAUAUUAUUUAUUGCUUACUUUCAAUAAAAUACUGAAACUCA